AGAGUCGACGACGGAUGUAGUCCGACCGUCGAUGAGUACUAGGAGACCACCACGAAUAAGGGUGGAAUACAGCACCCAGGAAGAAAGGCGUACAACACAAACAGAUUAAUUGAUCUUGCGACAAUAUUGCUGGACGCUCAGAAAAACUUCUUUGGCAAGAUGCGGAGGCUUCGAAUUUCGAAGAGCGCACUAACCAGUUAUGUACUAGUGCCUCAUCGCUCUUGGCGGUCUCCACCGACUGCAUCUUUUCAUUUCUUUGAGCCAUCGACAGCGUGUUCAAUAUGAACCUUUCUUUAUAGCUUUCAUCACGACAUCUCCCUCCAGUGCUUGACUUUCUGCGCAUCUAUCAAGAUGAGCGGUGGUGGUGUAGACAUUAUGGACCGCUUCUGGAGUGCUCCUCCUGUGAGCAGGACCAUUGUCGCAGCCAUGUUUGUCGAAUCUGCCCUUGUCCAUUCAGGUCUCGUCAAUGGCAUGCGGGUGGUUUUCUACACGCCUUCGAUAUUCAAGUUUCCACCAGAGUUAUGGCGGAUUCUGUCAUCGUUCCUGCUGACCGGCGGUGGACUUUCGUUCCUUUUCGACCUAUAUUUCAUGUUUACAUAUGCUUCGGGUUUGGAGCUCACCUCUUCGAGAUUCAGUCAGCCGGGUGAUUUCUUCACUUACGUUCUCUUCUUAGCCACCGUCAUUCUGGUCGUUGGCGGCUUUAUCCUGAAGUCGAUGGUCUUUACACAAGCUCUACUCCUCGGAUUCAUCUACACCUACGCCCAGGACAACCGCGGCAAGAAGGCACAUUUCAUCAUUGUGCAAAUUCCAGUCGAAAUUCUCCCGUGGGCUACGCUAGUAUUCAGCUUGGUCAUGGGCGGACCCCAAGCAGCUCUGCAACAGGGUGUUGGUCUAGUCGCAGCACAUCUUUAUGACUUCUUGACGAGACUGUACCCUACCUUCCAAGGUGGCAGGAAUUACAUUCAGACGCCCGCCGCGAUCAAGCGGUAUUUUGGUGCCAACCGAAGUGCCUUCACCAACAAAGGCUACGGUACCAGCUUUAGACCAGGACAACCUGAGCCUCAACAACAAAGUAGAGGAUGGACCAGCGGCUUUUCUGGUGCUUGGGGUGGCAGAGGCGCAGGGAGAAGAUUGGGCGGUGAUUGAAUUCUUUUGGUCCCAGGGAAUAUCCUGCAACAUGUACAACAGAAACCCAUUACGACGAACAUGAAUGAAAAGAUACCCAAGCAUCAAUGAAACCACGAAUUCCAAAUCUGCAUAUCAACGACUCUCUGUUUCUAGAUAAUGACGACGCCUCCGGGAUUCUUCGAUACUCCCUAUUCCUGCCAAGCCAAACCUCACAGCCUUGGCCCUUUGAGUAUGGAACAUAUCCGGCGUCAAAGAUUCUAU